AAAAGAUGAUGAUGGAAAGAGGGGAGGGGGUUUCGAAGGUUGCUAGAGAGAAGCUCGUGGCAUGCAUGACAUGUCCCCUUUGCGAUAAGCUCUUCAAAGAUGCCACCUCCAUAUCUGAAUGCCUUCACACUUUUUGCAGAAAGUGCAUAUAUGAGAAGAUUACAGAAGAGGAGCUAGACAGCUGUCCAGUUUGCAACAUUGAUCUAGGUUGUGCUCCAUUAGAGAAACUCAGGGCAGAUAACAAUUGGCGAGAAAUAAGGAUCAAAAUCUUUCCUCCCAAACGACAGAAACCCAAGGAAUCUGAAAAAAUGUCCCUAGUCCCAUUGCCGGCUAGAAGAAAGGAGAGAUCUCUGUCUUCGCUAGUGGUCAGCACACCUAGAGUAUCAGCAAAGUCUUGUUUGACAGGAAGAAGAUCAAAGCUUACUGCAAGAAAGACUAUUGCAAGCCAAGAGCCUUCUUUGCUCAAUGAGGAACAUGUUUCAAAGCUGGAAGGUCUCCUAAGCUCACCUGAGACCUACAGCAAGAUUGCCCAAAAUAGUAGGCAGAAUUUUAAUGUUGGGGAGUCAUCCAAGCAACAUGCGCUGGAUAGAAGCACUGCUGAAGCAUUAGAAGAAAAAGGUGAUUUGUGGAAACCCUUAAAUCACCUAGUGGAAGCAGCGAGUAAAACAAAGCCUAACAAGGUCAACUCACAGGGGAGCAUUGCCAAACCAGCACCCCAUGCCCCUGGCAAUGAAGUAAAUCUCCUCAAUGUCAAGGAAUGUGGUACAGGAUCGAAUAUUCCCAGUAAAGAAAAUGACUCAACACCUGAACCUUCAACUUCAGCUAGACCAAGAAGGUCUCGAGGCAUCCGACAAAAGAGAGAAGCUGUCUCUGAGAGGUUGAAUAUUCCAGUACAAGCUGUGGUUGAUUCUAGCAAUAAAUAUGAUGGGAGAUUCAGUCCAACAUGGUUCUCCUUAGUUGCUUCUAAGAACCAGGAAGGAGAUGCACCUCUGCCUCAGAUAUCUUCGUGCUACUUAAGGGUUAAGGAUGGGAAUUUACCCGUUUCAUCAAUCAAGAAGUAUCUCGCAAGAAAACUAGGCCUUUCCAGUGAGACCGAGGUGGAGAUCUCUUUGCGGGGACAUCCAGUGCUUUCUACACUGCAGCUGCACAACCUAGUAGACUGGUGGGUGCAGACAACUCCAGCAUCAGAAAGAAUACAAGCAUUCGUCGGCAGCUCAGCCAAAGAUUUUGUUAUGGUGCUGUCAUACAGUCGAAAUGCUCGACCCCCUUAAAGCAUAAUCCAGCGAUGCUUUCAAUGGUUUCUUAGUCCAUGCAGCACAGCAAAGCAAGACUUUCUCUGGGGGAAAAUGAGUUAAAUAUUCAUUUUGUCUCUAUCUUUACAGUCAUAUAACUACAAGGCAUGCCAUUCGGCUUAAGUCUUUGGAUAGAGUUCUUGUCCAGCUUAAAUUUUUCUUGUUCUUCUCGACUUCAUUGUAAUGGAAUGAGAUUUUAAGCGAAGAAAUUCUAGUUUGAAUCAAGAAUGACAUUUAUAAAUAAACGAAAAACAUUGUACUUUCCA